CGAGACAGGAGUAACAAAAGUGGCAGGAUAGCGGAAGGGCGGAAUAGCGGAGUAAACUGUGGAGCAAAGAGCAAAGAGCAAAGAGCAAUGACGUCUUUGGGAGCAGGAGCAGGAACAAGAGCAGGAUCAUUCAGAACAACAUAUCGCUGCGCAUACAGAUACUAUUGUCGUCCAAGCCGUCUUCUGUUUUCGACAUUUCCGUCUAGUUCUGCAGCAAGAUCUCACGGACAGGAUAACUCUCCUUUGACUUUUACAACUCCUUUUGUGUCUUUGUCUGCGUCCUCUUCAGCUUCUAUUUCAGCUUCAGCUUCAGCCUUUUCACUGUCCUCGCGGAAUCAUCCCUUUGGAGUCUCUGGAAGACACCGCCUUUUUAUGCAAAAGUUUUAUUCUACAACACCUGUCUCAUCUACAUCUACGUCAACGCCAACGCCAACGUCAACGUCUAAUAUGGCAGCUUCAACCGGAACUUCAGAGCCAGGGUCAGCGUCAGCGUCAAACGGCGCAACAGGAUCCGCAUUUGCAUUCCCUGUGAGACCCAUCUUCCCCGCAAACCUCAGCGCAGAAGAGACGCGUGCGCUGGAACGUGAGCUCGUGGGUUUGAUCUCCGGGGCUGUCGACACUGCCAGUGCCGGUGCAAGUGACGGUGCAAGUACAGAUGCAGCUGGUCAACGCGCUGGAAAGUGGCAUCUCACGGCCAAUGGCAAGGCGAUGGAGCGUGCAUUUAAAUUCAAGACGUUCAAAACUACUUGGGACUUUAUGAAUCUCGUAGCAGCGCAGUGCAAAAAAGCACGCCACCACCCAGAAUGGUCCAACGUGUACAACACCACGUAUAUUCGCUGGACGACCCAUUCGUCGGACAGUCUCAGCGGCGCGGAUCUCGCCAUGGCGCGCUUCUGCGACGAACGCGCCGCGGAGCUCGGUGAGAUUGAGAUUGAGAUUGCUUUGGGCCUGCCUGCCGCUGGAUCUGCGUCAACGUCAACAUCAGGGUCAGGGUCAACAGCAGCAGGGCCAAAUGCGCAAGCCCAGUCGACAGAACAGUCGCUGGUGGAUACGGUUGCGGCGGUAGGUGCGGGGUGCUGCGUGCCGGGCAAGGCGUGUGCUUCGACUACGACGGCAGCGGGAGAUGCGGAUGGGAGGAGCGGGAAGAUUGAGGGGUCGUCGUGAAUACGGCGAGCAAUGUAUAAUUUGAUGGUAGAGGUAAUGAGGGAAUAUGUGUCUAAUACACUGCUGUACAACUGUAUAUAUCUUAUAGUGAUAAUGUGAAUAGCAUAACAGGAG